CGAAUGUCCAAUAGAUAACUGACAAGAGAGUCACUUGUCCGUGUUGCAGAAUGCGCGUUAAAGUUUUUCUCUCGUUGCUUUUCCUUGGUAUUUUCUACAAUGAAGCAACUAACGGUCAAAAGAAAAAGGAGACUUUGCUGUCAGAGAAGGUGACACAGAUGAUGGAGUGGGCAUCCAAGCGCUCAGUCAUUCGGAUGAAUGGAGAUAAGUUCAGACGCUUCGUCAAAGCUCCUCCCAGAAACUAUUCAGUGGUCAUCAUGUUUACAGCACUCCAGCCUCACAGGCAGUGUGGAGUCUGCAGACAAGCUGAUGAAGAGUUCCAGGUUCUGGCUAAUUCUUGGCGUUACUCAUCAGCUUUCACCAACAAAGUAUUCUUCGCCUCCGUGGACUUUGAUGAAGGUUCCGAUGUUUUUCAAAUGCUAAACAUGAACUCUGCACCGACAUUUCUACAUUUCCCCGCCAAAGGAAAACCCCGUAAGACUGAUACAUAUGAGCUACAGGUGCGAGGCUUUGCAGCAGAGCAGCUGGCUCGAUGGGUGGCAGACAGGACUGAUGUCCAGAUCCGUGUCAUUCGUCCUCCCAACUAUGCCGGACCACUGUUGUUGGGUUUCCUCUUGGCUGUGAUUGGUGGACUGGCUUACCUGCGGAGGCACAAUCUGGAGUUUCUGUUUAACAACAACAUGUGGGCCUUCUCUGCAUUGUGCUUUGUCUUGAUCAUGACAUCCGGCCAGAUGUGGAACCACAUCAGAGGACCCCCCUAUGCACACAAAAACCCCAACACUGGCCAAGUUAGCUACAUCCAUGGCAGCAGUCAAGCACAGUUUGUGGCUGAGACCCAUAUCGUGCUGAUCUUCAAUGCUGCCAUCACCUUGGGAAUCGUCCUGAUGUGUGAAGCUGCUACAUCUGACCUGGACAUCGGAAAGAGGAAAAUUAUGUGUGUUGCAGGUAUUGCAUUGGUGAUGCUGUUCUUCAGCUGGCUACUUUCCAUUUUUAGAGCGAAGUACCACGGCUAUCCUUACAGCUUCCUGAUGACUUAAAGGAGAGCAGUGGCUUUAGAAACCCCAGAGGUGUCUGCCCCUACGACGUUACCACCUCCAGCGCGGCCAAUGUUUUCAGAUCAGACAAGCAUAACGGACUAUAUUUUGGCUCUGCACCCUGUUCAUCCAUCAAGUUCUGCAACAUGAAUUCCAGCUCUCUAUGCCUACACAUUUUACUUUUCAACAGUUGCUUCGAUCAAUCCGUCAUCCACUGUGGGGUGGUAUAAGUAGAAGACAAUAUCUCAGGAACUUGAUGCUAAUUUUAUUUCCCAGAAUGAAAGUUCCCUUUGAACGUUAUGUUUUAUUGAAGAUCUAUAGCCACCCAAGAAUGGGGAGAGGUGCAGCGCACUUCAGGAUUAAUUUUCUAUAAAGGACUAGUCAACAAGCAGAUUGUUUUAAAUCAGUCUACAAAAGUGGCCUUAUAUUUGGCUGAGAAAACAUUAUUUUGUAAAUGAUGCAAAUGAUCAGGGUCUCAGUGCGUUGAAUGUUGAAGUUUUUGUUUAGUGUUCUAGGCACUGAAGAAAUUAUACGGGUGGAUGGAGUCUGUGUGAUCCAUUGACCAGGUGGUCACUCUGCUAUUAAAGUGCCUUUAUCUUU